CACUUCUCUCAACAACCACAUUAAACCUUUAGAAGUUUAGUUAACUUCAGCGUAACGAUGGCCCCCAAGAGCAAGAAGACCGGUGACACCAUCAACUCGCGCCUGGCGCUUGUGAUGAAGUCCGGAAAGGUCACCCUCGGCUACAAGUCCACCAUCAAGACCCUCCGCUCCGGCAAGGCCAAGCUGGUCAUCAUCGCCGCUAACACUCCUCCUCUCCGCAAGAGUGAGCUCGAGUACUACGCCAUGCUCGCCAAGGCCCCCGUCCACCACUUCUCCGGAAACAACAUUGAGCUCGGUACCGCCUGCGGUAAGCUCUUCCGUACCUCCACCAUGGCUAUCCUCGAUGCUGGUGACUCCGACAUCCUGUCCAGCCAGUAGGUGUAAAGCCUGGUCAAUGAAUUCAUGUUAUGUCUGAACGGCGGUAUGCCAUGAUGCACAACGUCACGGCACGAUUUAGAUAAUGACAAUGAACUUUACAUCUAUA